AGCAAAACCUGCAGACUUGGCCAGUAAUUUGGUCCAGAAGGUACUGGUAGGAAGUCACUUUUAGUUCGUCCUCGCGCUAAAAGUUCUUGCACUGAGAUAGUUGUUUAACGAAAGAUUAAAGACAUAAAUUUCAAAUCGUUGUGGUUUCGAGCAUCUCUCUAUUUGCAUUCAUCGUUGAAAUUGGAAAUCGAGUUUUUCUCUGCUGUUUUUUCACUCCAUCGUUUCGAAAAGUAAGUUCUGAUUCACACUUCGUGUUGAGUUCAAAUGACCGGCUACGUGUCCACAGACAAGAAGAUGACGGCAAAAAGCGCAGCAGCAGAGAGCAAGAAGAAGAUGAAGGAGGUCGAGGCCCAGGAGAGCGCGUCUACCAGCGACGACGAGUCCUCCAGUAGUUCGGCGGAAGCGGCCCCGGCCGCGAAGGUGGUCGUGCAAAAGCCGAAGGCCAAGGUCGCUGCCCCGGCGGCGAAGAAGGACGAGUCCAGCAGCGAGGAAGAAUCGACUUCGGACGAGAAGAAGCCCGCCGCCGCGGCUCCGAAGGCCAAGGCAGCCGCUGCUGCGGCGAAGAAGGAGGAGUCCAGCAGUGAAGAAAGCUCCAGCGAAGAGGAGGAGAAGCCGGCGGCCACUGCGAAGGCCAAGGCCGCGCCGGCGCCUGCUGCCGUCGCAGCGAAGAAGGACGAGUCCAGCAGCGAAGAAGAGUCUUCGGAAGAGGACGAGAAACCCGCUGCUCCGAAAGCCAAAGCGGCACCAGCUACAACUUCCGUGAAAAAAGAAGAAUCCAGCAGCGAAGAGGAGUCUUCGGACGAAAAGCCUGCCCCGAAGGCGAAAGCAGCGCCCGCGCCUGCAGUUGCU